UGAGAAGAGAGAACGGACCCUUCGCUGCAGAUUACAUGGGUUGCGUUUCGUCGAAACUGUUCAGGGAGGAUUUCAACCAGGAAACUCACAUUGUCAAUGGCGAUUACACGAAUCAUGUCGUCUCUCUCACUUCAAGCACAUACGGAGUUCUCAAACUCGACCAAGAAUCCGUGAAGGAAACCGUUAAACAUAUGACGAUGUCUCCUACUCAUCUUGUGUCUCCCAGAUUUCAGAAAAAGGAAAUAGAAGAUGCAGAAGUCAUCAACACUUGGAAAUUGAUGGAAGAUCUUGAAGACGAAAUCCCCAAUUCGCUACAGACCAAAAAAAGCUCCACAUCACGAGUUCCAGAUGCAGAUUCGAGGAAUCCUUGGAAAUUCAUCAACGAGAUCAAAUCUCCAAAGAAGCAGAAAAAAUUCUCAGGGAAGGAAAACAAGCAUCAACAGAGCGGUUAUGAUGGUGCGAUUGGGGGAACAGCUCACUAUCCCAAACAGGUACUGAAACCCUUUUCUUCUUUAGAGAACAUGCCGAAGAAGACUGCACCCAUUUUGAAGACACCCACAAAAAUCACUCCAGUAGAUCCCAAUUCAAACAGUUUCAGAUUCCACACCGGAUUUUCAACUUCAAGAAAGAGUUUCAGUCCCCUGUUUGAUCCAGAGCUCCUUGCGUCCUUUGAGAGAGAACUCAAGGAAGAGGGCGAACAGAUUAAGAAGAUAGUCUUUCCGGAAACAAAAAUCCACAAGGCCCUUGAUUCAGAAUCCAUGCUUGAACCCUUCGAGAAGAAAUGCCCGCCUGGCGGCGAAAAUGCAGUUGUCAUCUACACUACCACCUUGAGAGGAAUCAGAAAAACUUUCGAAGACUGCAACAACGUCCGAUCCGUCAUAGAAUGCCAUCACAUCCACAUGAUUGAGCGUGACAUUUCUAUGGAUUCUGGGUUUAGGGAGGAAUUGAGGCGUUUGAUGGGCAAAAAAGAUGUUAGAGUACCUGUAGUGUUCGUGAAAGGAAGGUUGAUAGGAGGAGCAGAUGAGGUGGUGAAAAUGGAAGAAGAGGGGAAGUUGGGAGUAUUAUUUCGUGGGAUUCCAAGGGCCUUGGCUGGUUGCGAAGGGUGCGGUGGCCUAAGGUUUGUAAUGUGUGGUGAUUGCAGUGGAAGCUGUAAGGUCUUGGACGAGGACAGCAAGAAAAUGGUGAAGUGUGGAGAGUGCAACGAAAAUGGGUUGAUCCAAUGCCCUAUCUGUUGUUAAAAG